GCCGCCGCCCUUCCUCGUCCCGGGGCUGGGACCGUGCGUCCCUCGCCGGGGUCACUCGGUUUCCGAAUUUGUGGCGGGGGGCCCCUCUUCGGGCCCAGCUGGUCCAGCGAGGGCGGCACCUUCCUUAGUUUUCGGCCGGGGGCGGCCGCCGUCAGGGCUCGGGCCCUGGCGCCGCCGGGGGCUCCUCCAGCUCCUCCCCUGGGCUGUAGCUGCCCCUGGGCGGCCCAAGGGCCGGUGGUCCCCGUGGGCGGCGUCCGGAGCUUCGGCCCCGCCGAGCCCCGCCCUGGGCAGAGCCGGGCGCUCCAGGGCGCUGCCCCUCCGUGCCCGGGCACUCAGCGCCCUCUCGGGUCGGAAAAUCGGGGCCCGGAUGGAGCGGGAAGGUGAAUGCUGGUUUAUUUGGCCUUUCUGGAAGUGCUGGAAGGCUGCGAAGUGUCUUGGAAGCUUUAUUUUUAUCCUAACGACCUUGAGGCACUGACCACAAGUAUUAGGAAAGUUGGUUUUCAACCCAUACUUAACGCCGUAAAGAAUUGGUCUAAAUUGGUUUUUCGUAAGUUAGUGCUUUUGGCACAGUUCGUUGUUCUUUUGCUUUCCCGAAGACAUGAAACAUAGUGAAAGUAUUAAGUAAAAACCAAAUAAGGAGUCACCGUGUAUUCACGGAUCUGAUUUAGUCUGUCAUUUUACUUGGCUUUAUUCUAGUGUAAUGUGUGUGCUGUUGAAAUGACCGUUUCACUUGCGAAAUCGAAGGGCAAAAAGGAAAAGAACAGUGAAGAAUUUUUAAAUGAGUCUCAGUUCUCAAAUUCAAAUACGAAGCAAUGGAACGUUUUGUCAGUCUUGGAAUAACGGACCAAAAAUGUACGAUUUCACAUAUUGGCUUACUUUUGGAGAUUUAAGAAGCAUAACCUACGGAGUACUAAUCCCUGUCAAGAAUUUAGCAUUGCAACAUAGGUGAUGCCAUGGAGAGCAGCAAGCCUGGUCCAGUGCAGGUUGUUUUGGUUCAGAAAGAUCAACAUUCCUUUGAGCUAGAUGAGAAAGCCUUGGCCAGCAUCCUCUUGCAGGACCACAUCCGAGAUCUUGAUGUGGUGGUGGUUUCAGUGGCUGGUGCCUUCCGAAAGGGCAAGUCCUUCAUUCUGGAUUUUAUGCUACGAUACUUAUAUUCUCAGAAGGAAAGUGGCCAUUCAAAUUGGUUGGGUGACCCAGAAGAACCGUUAACAGGAUUUUCCUGGAGAGGGGGAUCUGAUCCAGAAACCACUGGGAUUCAGAUCUGGAGUGAAGUUUUCACUGUGGAGAAGCCAGGUGGGAAGAAGGUUGCAGUUGUUCUGAUGGAUACCCAGGGGGCAUUUGACAGCCAGUCAACUGUGAAAGACUGUGCUACCAUCUUUGCUUUAAGCACUAUGACUAGUUCUGUUCAGAUUUAUAAUUUAUCCCAGAACAUUCAAGAAGAUGAUCUUCAACAGCUGCAGCUCUUCACAGAAUACGGUCGUCUGGCAAUGGAUGAAAUUUUCCAAAAGCCUUUCCAGACACUGAUGUUUUUGGUUAGAGAUUGGAGUUUCCCUUAUGAAUAUAGCUAUGGACUCCAAGGAGGAAUGGCAUUUUUGGAUAAGCGUUUACAGGUGAAGGAACAUCAACAUGAAGAAAUUCAGAAUGUUCGAAAUCACAUUCACUCAUGUUUCUCCGAUGUCACCUGCUUUCUCUUACCACAUCCAGGACUCCAGGUGGCCACAAGCCCUGACUUUGAUGGGAAAUUAAAAGAUAUUGCUGGUGAAUUCAAAGAGCAGUUACAGGCACUGAUACCGUAUGUAUUAAACCCAUCUAAGUUAAUGGAAAAGGAGAUCAAUGGCUCAAAGGUCACCUGUCGGGGACUACUGGAGUAUUUUAAGGCCACUGCUGAAGCCAACAACUUAGCAGCUGCAGCCUCUGCCAAGGACAUUUAUUAUAACAACAUGGAAGAGGUUUGUGGGGGAGAGAAACCUUAUUUGUCUCCAGACAUUCUAGAGGAGAAGCACUGUGAAUUCAAACAACUUGCUCUGGACCAUUUUAAGAAGACCAAGAAGAUGGGUGGGAAGGAUUUCAGCUUUCGUUACCAGCAGGAGCUGGAGGAGGAAAUCAAGGAAUUAUAUGAGAACUUCUGCAAGCACAAUGGUAGCAAGAACGUCUUCAGCACCUUCCGAACCCCUGCAGUGCUGUUCACGGGCAUUGUAGCUUUGUACAUAGCCUCAGGCCUCACUGGCUUCAUAGGUCUUGAGGUUGUAGCCCAGUUGUUCAACUGUAUGGUUGGACUACUGUUAAUAGCACUCCUCACCUGGGGCUACAUCAGGUAUUCUGGUCAAUAUCGUGAGCUGGGCGGAGCUAUUGAUUUUGGUGCCGCAUAUGUGUUGGAGCAGGCUUCUUCUCAUAUCGGUAAUUCCACUCAGGCCACUGUGAGGGAUGCAGUUGUUGGAAGACCAUCCAUGGAUAAAAAAGCUCAAUAGCAUCUUAACGUGAAGAUCAAACAAGAACACAACAAGCCCCUACUGAUUUCUGGGUUUCUGCCACGGCCACAGGUUCAUAUCCAGAGGAAUGGCAGAUCUGAGACGAUCCAGGAAGAGCUAAAACAUGGCCCUGUAAUAAAUGAGCAGACCUCUCCUGUGGUUUCAAAUUAUUAAACACACUUCCAUUUCUCUUGGAA